UAAUCACUCUGAUGAACACUGCUCUCCUGCCCACAGACACCACCAAGCCCAGAAGCAAGACCUCUGAGAGUCCCUCACCCCAUGGCUGAAGAUGGUUUGCCUAAAAUUUAUUCUCAUCCUCCAACAGAAAGCAGUAAAACACCAACUGCAGCAACUAUUUUCUUUGGGGCUGACAAUGUUAUUCCCAAAACAGAAACAACUAUUACUUCAGAAGGAGACCAUGUCACUUCAGUAAAUGAGUAUAUGCUAGAAAGUGAUUUUUCAACAACUACAGGCAACAAACUUACACCUACAAAGGAAAAACUCAAAUCAGAAGACGAUAUGGGGAUCCGCUUUCCUAAGUCAACAACUCACCUAGAGAAAGAAAUUACCUCUCUGACUGGCACUACAAACUCUACAGAAAGAGACUCUAUUGCUGAAAAUUUCAUGCCGGUGAAAAUUGGGAAUAUUUCAUCACCAGUUGCUACCGUUUCUUUAAUUGAUUUUUCCACUGACAUAGCAAAAGAAGGUAUCUUCUUGGCUACCACUGACACAGGAGAUGCAGAGAUCUCAAUAACAUCUGAAGCCUCUGGCACACUAAAGGACAGCAGUGCUGGUGUUGCUAACACUCCUGCCUUUCCACAUAAAAAGGAUGAAGCUGAUAUAAACGAUUGUAAUUCCUCCAUCAAAUCCAAUGUCCCUGCUGAUGAGGCUCUCCAGAUCACUGAUUCCAUUAUUCCUGAGCAUGAAAUCCCUUCUGCUCCUGAAAAAAACUUCACUACUAUUCCAGACAUAACUGCCCUUAAAGAAGAGAAAAUAACCAAAAUUGGCUUAAGUGUUUCAGAAGAUGACACCAGUGCUGUGGCUACAUUUAUUGAAUCUGAUGAAGAAAAGUUUAUCACUGUGUUUGAACUCACUACCUCUGCUGAAAAAGACAGAGAUAACCAGGAAGAUACCCUGCUAACUGAUGAAGAAUCUACCGAGGGAGCAAAUAUCUGGAUGGAGAGAGAUACUACAAAUGAAGCUGAGACCCAUUCUGUUUUGCUUACUGCUGUUGAAUCCAGAUAUGACUUUGUUGUCCCUCCAUCAAUAGCUACAAACAUGGUGAAAGAAUCGUCUACAGAAGAUUUGUCUAAAACUGAUAGAACAGAGACUGUACCUAAAAUCACUGAGCCAUUUUCUGAAACUACCUCUGUAUUAGAUACCCCAAACUAUGAGGAAGACACCUCCACAACUGGAACAGGUAUCUUUGAACUACUGAAAGAAGAUCCAGAUGAGUUCAUGAUUUGAAAGCAGGAAGAGGGAUACCAUUGUGCAAUAAUGUAGCAAAUUAGAAUUGCGCAAUAACCUAGCAAACUAGUCUUAACAUCUAAGAAGCUUUUCCAACAAGCAAAAACCUAUAGAAAUGAAAGAAUGUGGGCAUUGAAGGUCAUAAUCACUGAAUAUCACACGCUUCUUAUGAUUCUUGUUAGCAAUUCAAGGACAUAAAUCUUCAUUCUUUUCUGGUGCAGACUACUUAAAUGGGUCUGUUUUCACUUUGCUAAUUUUCUUCAAUAAAUCUUUUUGGCAAGCAACU